AUGUCCCUACGUCUACUACACUGUACGCAGAUUACUCAGUUCCAGGGGGUAUCUACUAAUCCAGAUGUUCAACCCUCGCAGCAUGUUAUACCGCAUUCCGCAUUUUUUAACAAGCAUCCGCAGAUUGCUCACAUUCGUCCCUUUGGUUGUUGUGUUUGGUAUUAUAACGACCCAGGACAUCAAGAUUUCAACAAGAUUGUUGGCCGCGGCGCUCCAGGUGUUUACAUCAGCAGCAAUUCUUCAACCAAUUAUAAGGUCUACGUCAAAGAGACAAACAAGGUUAUUCGGACUGGCCAUGUUUCAUUCAACGAACAGGCUCAGAGGGAACAGCCUACGGAAAUACUGCUUACUUCUACCGUACCUCCCAAUCCUGGCCCUGAACAUCUCGCGCAGGAAGCGCUGCAUCUCAUGGGGAUUCUCCCGCGGAGGAUAACGGACAAUCUGACUGGGUUCGACCUGCUAAAGGCUUUGCUCCAUUCGCAGGAUUUACCCCUACUUCGCCUGCUUCUGCUGAGGCAAAUCGACCUCCGACUCCGAAUACUUGGCAGGAAGCAAUGA